UGUGUCACUAUGUGUAAAGUAAAGAUAUUCUCUUCUUUAAUGCAAAUAAUAAAGUAACAAAAUGUGAAAUAUGAAUCAUUCAUUAAGUCGAAUAUAUUGAUGUUAUUGUUCUUAUAAUCAGGGAUAUUUAUUUUAUGAAAAUUCGUAAUCUUUUUAGUUCUAGAAACGGUGUACUCUAAGGACAAAAUAAAAAAUGACCAUUUACAAUUUAUACAUAUUCGAUCGAUAUGGUACUUUAUUGUAUUAUGGUGAGUGGAAUCGUUCAAAACAGUCUGGAAUGUCUAUAGAGGAGGAAGGCAAAUUAAUGUACGGAAUGCUUUUCUCGAUAAAAUCAUUCGUUUCAAAGAUUUCACCUUUAGAUCCUAAAGAUGGAUUUAGUCAUUAUAAAACUUCAAAAUACACCCUUCACUGCCUGGAGACACCCUCAGGGCUGAAGUUUGUGAUGAAUACAGACAACCAAGCACAGGGCGUCCGAGAUCUCCUAAAAAAGAUUUAUGCUGAAAUUUAUGUUAAAUAUAUGAUAAGAAAUCCGUUAUGUGAAAUGGGUGAACCCAUUGUCAGUGACCUAUUUAAAAGUAAAUUAGAUUUGUUUAUCAAACAGACUCCUAUUCAUACUGUCAGAGCUUCUUGAUAAAUGUUACAUUUUAAGAGAAAAUAAAUUAUGUUAAUGAAAUAA